ACCUCAUCGAAGAAGAAGACAGGAAAAAUGGCGGUGUUUGCUGGAGAGCGAUGGCGAAGCGAGCUCCCAAGUCAUGAUAUUUUUAAUAAAUUACGAGAGGAACUUGAUUUGGAACCCAAAGCGAAUUGCAGAAGAACUGCAAAGAGUCUUACAUUUUGCCUCAAUGGUGACAUAUUCUUGUGGAAUGACGCAGACAGUGUUUUUUACACGACUAACCUGAGGCAGCUCAAUUCAGAGGACAGCAAUGAGAGUGUGAAAUACCAGACUCUGUUGUGCAUCAAUCCACCACGGUUCGAAGUAUGCCAGGUGUUGCUGAGCCCAACACAGUACCACGUCGCACUCAUUGGACAACGUGGUGCCACCGUUCUAGAAUUACCACAGCGGUGGGGCAAGAGGUCAGAGUUUGAAGGAGGACGGAGCGAAGUUAACUGCAAGACUAUUCCUGUAGCUGAGCGAUUCUUCACCAGCUCAGCCUCAGUGACCCUGCGGCAGGCCGCCUGGUUCCCCAGUGAGACGGAGGAGCCCCACCUAGUGCUGCUGACCUCUGACAACACCAUCAGGUUCUAUGGGUUGAAAGAGCCUCAGACUCCAGCUAGAGCGCUAUCAGUGUCCCAAUCAGAGGAGGACAGCAGUGUACACACUCGAGGGCGCUCCUAUGCAGCCUCUCUGGGGGAGAUCGCUGUGGCGUUCGACUUUGGACCUGUGGCAGGUGCCCCUCGACAGCUCACAGGCCAGCGGUCCAAGGAGGAUGUGCUGGUGUACCCUCUCUACAUACUCUAUGAGAAUGGAGAGACCUAUCUCAGCUACACCAGCCUCGCACACAGUUCGGGUAGCCUCAGUAAGCCCAUUGGGCCCUUACCCAUGUACCCCGCGGCAGAGGAUAACUAUGGUUAUGACGCCUGUGCCGUGCUCUGCCUGCCCUGCGUGCCCAACAUCCUGGUCAUUGCCACGGAAACGGGCACACUGUAUCAUUGCGUGGUGCUGGAAGCAGAGGAGGAGGAGACAGGAGCAGUGGAGAGGUGGAUGCGGGGCUCUGAGGCGGUGCCCUCUCUCUAUGUGUUUGAGUGUGUGGAACUGGAGCUCACCCUCAAACUGGCCGCUGGGGAGGAGGAGCCGCCUGUGGAGUCUGACUUCACCUGCCCAAUCAGACUGCACAGAGACCCCCUGUGCCAGCACAGAUACCACUGUACGCAUGAGGCAGGAGUGCACAGUGUAGGCCUCACUUGGUUCAACAAACUGCACAAGUUCCUCCAGUCAGAUGAGGAGGACAAGGAUAGUCUUCAGGAGCUGGCUGCAGAGCACCGCUGCAUCGUAGAGCACAUCCUCUGUACCAGGCCCCUCAGUAGCAGUUUGUCAGCUCCAGUACGGGGCUUCUGGAUUGUGUCUGACCUGUCUUUGGGUGCCACCAUGAUCUGCAUUACCAGCACCUACGAGUGUCUACUACUGCCUCUCCUGAGUUCCAUCCGGCCUCCCUCUCCUCCCCUGCUGUGUUCCCACCCGGGAGUAGGCUCCGCUAGCUCUCCUCUGCGUGGAUUGCAUGACGACUCCUUUGAGCAGCACAUUCGAAACAUCCUGGCCCGAAGCUCCACCAAUCCUCUCAUGCUGAGGGCAGGGGACAAGGACACAUCGUCCCCUCCUCCAGAGUGUCUCCAGCUGCUGAGCAGAGCCACCCAGGUGUUCAGAGAGGAGUACAUCCUCAAACAGGAUAUGGCCCGCGAGGAUAUGCAGAGAAGGGUGAAACUGCUGACAGGACAGAAGAACAAGCAGCUUGAGGACCUGGCCCUUUGCAGAGAGGAGAGGAAAAGCCUGCGAGAGUCUGCAGAGCGUCUGGCUGAUAAGUACGAGGAUGCCAAGUAUCGCCAGGAGGCCACCAUGAACAGGGUGAAGCAGGUUCUGGGCAGUCUGCGCGGUCAGCUGCCCGUUUUGUCUGACAGUGAGAAGGACAUGAAGAAAGAACUGCAGACUAUCAACGACCAGCUGCGUCACCUGGGCAACGGCAUCAAACAGGUAAAUAUGAAGGAGGAGUACCAGAAGAAACAGAUGGACAAAGGGGUGUCUCCAGCCAGGGCUACUGUUGCCCUCAACGCGCACCAGAGGAAGUGUGUCCAGGAGGUUAUAAAAGAACAGGGAGAGCACAUAGGAGAAAUGAUGAAACAGAUCAAGGACAUCAAGAACCAUUUCAGUUUCUGAGACCGUUAAGGGAGCCAUCCUUCAUCCACAGCUAUCCCACUGCUUUCCAAACAACCAAAAUAAUAAUGAAGAGCUAUUGUGAAUACUCAGUCAACGCUUGCUAAAAUAGUCUGUCUCAUGACAUGUUGACUCAUAAGGCUAGCGUUAGCCAUAAUGUCAGAUUGUCACAUCUUUGUAACAAGUUGUAUACAUGAGUCUACCCAAGGUUUUAUACACACCAUUCAUGUAUAUUUGUCUAUCUGGAGAAUAAAAGUAAUGCAUGUACAGUA